GAUCAAGGUUUAAAUACUUUUACUUUUAAAAAAUUUGCGCGUUUUAGAAAUGUCUUGCUUGAGCAAAAAGGCCUUCACAUGCCUAAACCAACUAAGACUGGUACAACUAUUGCCGCAAUCUGUUAUAAGGACGGUGUUGUCCUUGGUGCUGAUACACGCGCAACUUCAGAUACUAUUGUUGCAGACAAAAAUUGCGCGAAAAUUCAUUACCUUGCUCCAAAUAUAUAUUGUUGUGGAGCCGGUACUGCUGCGGAUACCGAGUAUACGACUGCUCUAAUUAGUUCUCAAUUAGAAUUACAUCGAUUAACUACCGGGAGAAAAAGUCGAAUUGAUACCGCUAAGAUGUUGUUAGCCCAAUUUCUUUAUAAGUAUCAUGGGCAUAUUUCCGCCGCUUUAAUAGUUGGCAGUUAUGAUGUAAAAGGUCCUAAAUUAUACAACGUAAGUCCUCAUGGAAAUGCGGAUAAUUUACCUUUUUUGACUAUGGGAAGUGGUAGUUUGGCUGCUAUGGCUGUUUUCGAAAGCCGUUGGAAAAAAGAUCUUGAGCGUCAAGAAGCUAUCGAACUCGUUUGUGAUGCUAUCGAAGCUGGUAUUUUCAAUGAUCUUGGUUCUGGAUCAAAUGUUGACAUUAAUGUAAUUGAAAAGGAUAAAGUGGACAUAUACAGAAAUCUUCGUAAACCUAAUGAACGCGGUCAAAAAGAGAAUUCAAUCGCGGAACCACACGAAUCAAUUAAAGAUCUCCUCGUCAUUACAGAAGGUGUUGAAGCUAUGGAUAUUUC